AUGGAUGCAGAUUGGAACGGGCCGUGGAAGUGUGCCAGCUGUGGCAAAACGAACGGCAAGAAAGCUGCGUUUUGCGACAGAUGUGGAGACACGUGGGACAAUGGAACGCCUCACGAUACACAGCAGAAAUCCAACACAGUUCAGGAUGGCUGGACGUACAGUCGUUGGAAAGACUGGCAAUCCAGCGCAUAUCGGAAUUGGGAAGACUCCUCAGCUUCAUCCAGAAGUUCGUCAAGGAGACAACCCGCUCAACAGAAGCAAACCAACCGUCGAAAGAAGAAACGAGGACAGCCAAAAGUUCCAGCCCCUCCACCCAAGGGUCGAGGCAAGGGAAAAAAGGCUGCUGGACGCGAUGGGCAGCAGCAUUUGCCGCCCUUGCCACCACCUCCAGCUCCACCCCCAUGGCCUACACUGGAUUCGGCGGCAUUGUUGGCGACCAACACCAACACUGUACCUCCAACAGAUCCGAACACUUUGGCAGUCACUCAUCAGUUACAAGCAGACAAUCGAGAGUUUGCCCGCCUCCUACGGGAUGCUUAUCCGGAUGUGCAGUCGCGCCCACCAGAAGCGGCCGCAGCCAUCGACCGUGCAGAGCAAGGCAUGAAGAAGAGUGUCACGAAGUCACUGCAUGUGGCUACGUCAGCCCUCGACAAAGCCCAGAAAUUGCUCACCGAAACUGCAGAAGCGCGCAGGAUUCACCGCAACAGUUGGUUGGCUCAUCUCACGGAAAGCAUCAAGACUUGGGAAUCGCAGCUCGAAACUUACCGCAAACAUGGUGCGGCUCUCCACGAGGUUGCUCAGAAAGCAAGAGCAGAUAUUGCAGCUGCUCGGGCCGAUAUUCAGCGACUCAGUACCCAAGAACCAGGGGACAGCUCAGCAUUAGCAGCGGCCACCAUUGCGGUCGCCGACGAAGGUCAGGUCGAAGACCAAACCGAUGCCGACGAGGUACAAACCAUCAUUUCAGACGAGGAGAGAGACGUGGAACGUGGCCACAACAAACGUCCACGUUCUGUCGAACCGGGUGCCGGAGUACCCUCCUCGUGA